AUGCCAAAAACUGGGAAUAGAAAACGUAAUAUUAGUGCGUCUCGACGAGACAAAUCACAAAAAAAAUGUCCCAUCCGAAUCCUAGAACUUUCAAUACCUACAAAACGACAAUGCCUAGAAACGUGGAGAAACAAUCAAGAUGUACUUCCUGAUUACAUGAUAGAAAAGUUACGUCAAAUGAUUAUGGAUGAAAAACCAAUAGUACAAUUACAUGACGCCGUUGAUUAUUUUAGGAAACGGAAAAAAAUGAAAUCUCGAUUGUCACCAAGUAACACAGUACUAAAGCCUAAACAAAUUGAACAAGUAAAAACACUAAGUGCCAUAUUAGCUUAUAAAAUUAUUAAGAAAUUACUACGUCCAAUAAACAUAAACCUAAAUUCUGAAUUGCAAAGUUUAUAUAAAGUUAUAUACGAUGAAAUAACAACGAUGACACAGUAUUCGAAAAUCAAAUCAAAUCAUAAAAUUCAAAAUGAAAUAGCUAAUAAGGUAACGAUUUGGAUUGCAAGUGUACUUGAAGAUUCGUCUUUUCUGCAACUAUUGGAAGAUUAUGAAGAACUAAAGAGACAAGAAGAACCAGUAUGGAAUAUAAUUGAUGAUUUAAUAGACAAAAUUACGGUAGUUGGUGAGCCUGAGCUUGUUGUGGAUAAUAGUACAAUAGAAUUAACAUCAUUAAUUGAUUCAAACUCGAACAUCGACGAAGAGAAAAGUAAAACGUCCGAAAAUAGUGAAAAGUCCGAAGAUCAUGAAAUAACAAAUAUAUAUGACUUUACGACUAAUAAUAAUGAAAAAGAAUUAGAAGGUACUGAAAUUGAACAGUCAGAAAAUUUAAGUCAAUAUGUAACAGAUAUGAUUGAUGAUAUUAUUGAUACACAUACAAGUGGAGUAGAAAAAAGUCCUUUAGAUAUACCCAUUGAUAAAGAAGACAUUAUACCUAAGCAUUCUAUACAGAGAGAUUCAAAUAUUUCAAUUGAUCAGCGAUAUUCUAUGCAUACGAGGGAUAACAACGACUCUCAAUAUUUUGAUAAGUUCAUAAACGAUAUAAUUGAUAAGAUUGUCGUUCAACGUGAUAGUAUUGACAAUUUAGAUGUUACUAAUAAGUUAGAUACAUAUAGGGAGGCCCAAAUUGAAGUAGAAAAAAAUUCCACUCAAAGUAGUCAAAAAGAGUCUGUUCAGAAUCUAGAAAAUGAAACGGAAGAAAUAAAUGUCUACGAUACUGGUACAAUCGAGGAUAUUAGUAAAAGAGAAACAACAGACAAUGAUAACGUAGAUUUAGUGAACUAUGAAAUGAUGAACUCAUCGCUUGAUAUUAAAAAUAAUAAACAAAAUGAUUUAAGCGACGAGGUUAUUCCAUUGGGCCAGCAGGAAGGCAGUCUUGAUGAUAGCAUUAAAAAAGUAAAAUUUUCUGAUAUAAAUAUUGGUAACAAAAUAAGGAAGGGUUUAAAUGUUGAUAGAAAUUAUAAUUCCUCUCAAGAAAGCGUUAUAAUGCAAGAAAAAUUAAAAUCAUCUAUAGAUGAAAGUGUAAAACCUGUUCUUUAUAUUGCACCCCCUAAUGAUAGUUUAUUAAGUGACGCUGAUGAAUCAUGGCCUGAGGAUUUACGUUUUCCCGUUUUAAAAGCUAGUAUAAGCGUCAGUAAAUCUAUCCAAUCGUUGGGAAAAAUUAUAGAAAGUGAAGAAAAAACUAUAUCAUCACCAGAAGAGUACGGUGAUGAAUUUAGUAAAGAUAAUUUGUUAUCGUUUCAGAAUGAGUCUAAUAUAAACGAAAAUUUUAGCCAUUCUUCUAAUACAGACGAUAAUAAAUUAAUUUCCUCCGACGCUAAUCUAACAAUGGUAGACUUUGAAAAAUUUGACAAGCGCGAUAAUUCAAAAGUUAUAGAUAAAUUAUUAAAUACAAUAAAACAUAAAGAUGCAGAUAUUGCGUUUCCUAGAGAUUAUGAUGAUGCAUCUAAUAAAAAUAACCCAAUGGAUUGGCAAAAAGAAUCACAAGCCGAUAUAAAAGACACUGUAAUAAGCAAAAUAAAAGAAAAUAAACCUUCUAAUUUAGAAGUCAAUAAAGCUUUACCUGCAAUAGUUGAUACUGAAAAAACUAAUGAAUAUAAUAAAUCCAUAUUUUUUGACGAUAUUGUGGCUAGAAAUAAAAAGAAAUUACAGACUGAAAUAAUUAGUACACCAAAACACGAAAACUUAAUUGCACGAUUAACUAUAAAACAUCUUCCUUUAAUUAACAUUGAUGAUAUUUGUAAUAAUAAAUUAACACAAGAGAAGAGCCUACAAACUAAUAAAGAUGUUGAGCAAACAAUUUAUUCACGUAAGACA